UGUAACCUUUUGAUAUUUGUAAUUUUAAGCAUAUAGUAAAUAUGUGAAAAUAGAAAUAAAAUAUUUUGUGUUUUUAAAUUCUUAUCUGGUAGUCAGAAUGAUGCAGUGUUUUACCCUUACAAUACACUUUUUCACUUCACAUGUCAAACAAAUACCAUUAUUUUUUGCCAUAUGUAAAUAUUUAAAACUUACAUUUUCAUUUUGCUGGAGUUCUAUAAAAACGUGUUAUAACAGAAACUAAAAAGUCUGCUCUGUGACACAUUUUGGAAAUAAAUAUGAUUCAACAUGAACUUUUAUUAUUCAAAGAAGUGAGUGGGUGGUUUCAUUUGAGUUUUGUAAUGAACGUGGACAUGUGAUUCUUAGAAGACCAGAAGAGUUCCUGAACCAGUGGAGCAUGAAGGUGUUUUUAUUUUUACACUUGGAGCCCCAGAGGACUCUGUGUUGGAGGACAGAUGGUUACUCAGAGGAAUUGUGUCUGAGGUCCUGUUUGUGUCUUUUUGUUUUCUGAGCCUAUUUAUGGAAAGAAGAAGUGCAGGGAUGACAACAGUUUUUUCUGCACACUUCAGGGAACCUCUUUCUUCUGUUUUCGGUCUUCAUCACCACCCUUUUCACUGACCACAGAACUUCCCUAAACAUUUCUUGUGUGUGCAGCUUCUGCCAUCGUGGUAACUUGGUGUGAGGGCAUCACUUAUUCUGCUUUGUUUCUCCCCUUUUAGUGAAUCAUGCUCGGCUGUGGACUUCACGUUGACUUUUCACGUUCAAAGUGUUCUUUGAGUGUGAGCCAUUCCCAGCUCAAGAUCUUUGGUCUGCUCAUUGCUUUUCUCUCUGCUCAUGUUCAAACAUCUUCAGUGAAAUGCAACUCAACCGUGGUCUCGUCCUCGCACCGACACUGUGUGUCUCACAAAGACGGUGUCCACGAUUUAGACUGUUUUGGUCAAAAUUCACUCAGUGGAUACGACUGGAAGUGUGUGUGGAAACCUGGAAACCAGACGGGCCAGAAAACGUACACGCUCGUCAUACAGCAAAAAAAAACACACUGCAGAGAACACAGCAAACUGUCAGCGUUAACUGAAAAAGUAUCAUUAUUUGAAAAAUACAAGCUGACCGCUCAGGUUUUUGAAAACACUGAGCGGAAUUGCACAAAAGCGUUUUUCACCGGGGUGCCACACAGUUUGGUACGAUGUGGCCCUCCGCGAAAUGUCAUGUUUAGACGCCACUCCAGAAAACUUGAUGUGGAUGUGAGCUGGGAGAAGCAGGAGAAAAACAUCAUUCAGCUUUAUUCUGUGAAAUAUAAAACAGCAGAGAGCCGGCUGUGGAAUGAGAUCUACAUCAAAGUGCAAUCCCAGGAUGGAGAGAGGGGCACAGUGGAGCCUUUGAACACCUCACUCGUCUACAAUGCACAAAUACACUGUGUUUCUCUUGGUAAAUGCUCACAGUGUCCAUGGAGUAACGUCUACACCAUCCCACCAGAGCUGACAGCACAGCCAGUCCUCACCAAACUUGAAGACUCUGACCUAGCAUGCGGAAAAGGCCACCAGUGUCGGCUGAUCGUUAUCACGUGGAAGUUUCCUGACGAGCAGCUGCAUGACGGAUACGGCGUGACCAUUGGGAAAGCUUCUGGAGAGCCUCCGUGGGAGCGGAUGACCACCUCGAAGCCUGAGAUUAGACUGAACCUGUCGUACUCAGAGUAUCAAUUCAACAUCACAGCCUUCAACGUCAGCACCUCCCCAGCUGUCAGUCACACGGUGCCACCACGUCAGGACAAGCCCGGUGUGGCAGCCGGCGGGCUGAACGUGACGGUCCACAACGACACAACGCUGACCAUCUACUGGAAAGAUGAUCUGAUUAAGAACUACGUGUGCUUCUGUGUGGAGUGGGCGAGGAGAGGACAAAGAGCAGCUUACAUGUCCUUUUAUGAAGACGCAAACAACUACAAGACCUUUAGUUUUUACGAGCCUCUUCAGCCUUAUGAGAGAUACAGCGCGACUCUGCACACGCGGCCCAACAGGGACACCUGCAACAUGAACCGCAUCAACAACAGCGAGAGCACCUACGGUGCAGCACUCUUCUACCUCACAGAAGGAACGCCACUCAGCGCUCCACCCAACAUCAGCAGCUGCAAUGUGACGCAGAGCUCAGCGACGCUGCAGUGGUCAUCCAUCCCAGAGGAGCAGAUCAGAGGCUUCCUGCUGGGUUACGUGAUCCACAUCACCGAGCAGCACCACAGGGAGGCGCGCACAGUUUCAAAUAUUACGGUGGAUUCUGCAUUAAACAGUUAUGAACUGAGGAAUCUGAAAAGCGGUACUGUGUAUCAGGUCCAGGUAUCAGGUUUUACCCGGGCGGGUUCAGGAGUACUAAGUCCCGCAAGCGUCUUUGAAACUAAUCACCAAGGUUACACCAGUCUCAGCGGCAUAAUCGCUACAUCUGUCAUUUUGGCCGUAGUGCUGAUUUUUGCAUCACCAAUGUUAAAAAGAGCAAAGGUGAUUCUGUGGCCGAGCAUCCCCAACCCUGGAAACAGCAAUGCGGUGCAGAAAAUAGACAGAGCCCAGGCACUGGUGAGUGUGCGUGCUGGUUUAGAAAUCAGUGCACGUGUUAAAGAUCACUGUUUUCUCAAUUUAACUCAGGCACUACUGAAGGACACGCUGCAGGUGGAGCACUGGGAUGCCAACAACCUUCAGAUAGUCGGAAAAGAAGUUGCGGCACCACAGACAAUACCGCUUCUCCAUCAGGUGUGUGACACACGAACUUCACCAGACGUCACUUCCGCCUGGACACAAGGAAGUGGAGGGGCAAUAACACCUUGUGUUUCCGCUGCAAGUGGCACAGAUACACAGCGCACAGAGGUCCAACGUUCUCCUUUCACCUUCUUAAACGGGUACACAACGAUGGAGAUGUUUCAGCAGGCGGUGCCUCAGAGCACCACAGGAAACACAACAGUUAGCCAUAGCACAACAGAACAGACGGUCGACAAAGAUGCCACGCUUCUGAGGUCGGCGUUGGGGUACGUAGGUCAGGAUGCCAGCAGUCCAGUUACGGACAGAAAAGACACGUCCACGAUUUUGUGAGAUAGGACAGGAAGAGGACUGCACAGACUAAAGCAAAAAAAAAAAAAAAAAAAACAACAAAAAACUGAAGUACAGUAACACAUUUAACUGCAG